GGAAUCGCAUUUGUAGAGGUCGUUCGCUGUGAGCUCGCGUGCGAAAUUUACAAUCGCGAAAGGAUUUUCCUUUGUCCCGAUCCUCGAGGACCCUGCCCUCGUAUUAUGUUUCCGCGCGAGAGCCGCGAACAGCCCCGGCCUACUGAGGAGCCGGACCGUGUGCAGCGCGCCCAAUCGCGUCGAAAUUUCCGUAGUUUUCCGAAAUUCUGUGACGGCUAUCCCGCAAAACGCGUACGCCGGGCGAUUUGAAAUUUUUUAGUGAACGUGUGAGUCGCGAAGCGGGCUACCGAACAGCGUUGCAUAAAUUAGUGCCGUUAAAGGGUGUGCGAACUGAGAGCAUUAUGUCGACCGGCAAGAGGCUGGCGAAGCGGUCCAUUAUAGGAACCCGCGUCGCAGCGCUCGGCGAGGAUGGACUGUACUACUCGGGCAUGAUCCAGGAGGUGAAGACGCCAACGCCGUUCCCUGAGAACAACAACUGCAUCAACUUGACACCGAACACCAAGUACACAGUACGGUUCGACGGUGGGAAAGGGACGCGGGAGUACCGCGACGCGGAACUGAUCGGACCCGGCUUCCGUGGUAUGACUGGCGUGAAGCUGCGGCCCAGCCAGCGCGUCUACCUGACGUACAACGGCCGCGAGGUACGCGCCGACGUGCUGCAUCACGACCACGACACAGACGAGCUUCGCGUCCAAGUGCAUGCACCCACCGCUGAGGCCCGUAUAGAGCUGAAGAAAAGACUAGAUGAAAUAAGACUAUUGGAGUCGCGAAAAUCUGCAAGGCUGGCCGAUGUGGAUACAGAUUUUGCUAGACUUGCAGAUAUGGCAGGGGACCGCCGCCGCGCCUCUGCUACCAUCGAAGUACCAGCACAUCACAUGCAGGGGUCACGUAAACGAGGUCCCAGUAGCUCAUGCGACUUGGGCUACGGCGAGCGUGACGACCAGAUGAACGAGUGCAACGCAGCUCUGGUGCUCAUGUCGCUUAGCUGCUCGCCCAACUCGCCGCGCCCCAGCGCAUGGGGUGGCCGCUCUUCAGUGUCGCCGGGUGCCAGCAGCAGCUCGGGUUCAUCAUGGCGCUCAGGCACACCCUCCCCACCGCCAGCUUCGUCCUCAUUCAGCGACGAGGGCAUCGCUUUAGAUUAUGAUUUGCAUCCUCGCAAAAAAAGGAUUAACAGUGUUGUAUACGAAUGCACCUGGCGAGGAUGCGGCUACACUACCAACAGUUGUCCUUCCAUCGAGGCUCACAUUAGACUCACGCAUCUGGGACCAAAGAAAGAGGGUGAUAACGACCACGAAGAAGAGUUCUACUACACCGAGCGAGAGGUGGCGACCCCUGCACCGCCGCCAACGCUGUCCCAUCGGGAUAUGUGCCGGCCGCCGCACGAAGACCCUGAGUACCAACGACAGAUUGUAGGCUCCUAUAGGCAAGGGCUGCUCUCUACUAUACAGCAUGGGACGGCGAGACCUAUAAGCAUUCCCGUAUCGCAUUCCUGGUCUAGCUCACAUUCGCCGAAACAUAUGAGGCUGUCAGCAACAAGCGGCUCGCCGGGCAGCCCAGGGCGGCGGCCCCGGUCCGACAACAAGAAGUGCCGUAAGGUGUACGGCAUGGACCAACGCGAUCAAUGGUGCACUCAAUGCAAAUGGAAGAAAGCGUGCACGCGCUUUAGCGACUAGCGGACGCGGCGAUCGCUCGCGGUCCUCGCGAACGUAGCGACCACCAGCGCCGGCGCGCGUGCCAUCAUGUAUCUCAAAUGAACAGUAACUUAAGUAUAAUAAAUUUUACUCACCCGAACUGAUAUUGAAUUUUUAAGAACAUUCACAGUGAAGAACUAUUCCGAGUGCGGGUCGUGAUUAGUAGUUUAAGGCAGAUAUAAAUAAUAUGAAUUAAGUUUCUAUUUAAUUUAAGCAGAGAAUGAAAUUAUUAAUAUAUUGGAUAUAUGAAUAUGGAUAAAUCAAAGGAGACAUAUUUUUCCCUCUAUUUGUGGCUCGUGUUUUAACUGCAUAUUGACAUUGCCCACGUAUUUUUGUAGAGCAGUAAAUUCGCCUUUACUGUGACAUGCAUAUAGAAUUUGUGUGUCGCUCUCAGUCGCAGACUGUGGAUAUUAGCCCUAAGAAUAGUUUUAAGAUUGACUGACUUGUGGAUGCAGUGUGAUAACAAUUGUUAUGUGGUUCUGUUCGUUGAAAUCAAAGUUACGUAUAAUAUAUUCAAAUUAUGUGAUUGUUUGCCAUUUCUAAUUUAUCUUAGACUAUUUAACAAAUAUAAAUUGUUUUCGUUUUAACAUCCAUUGUGAAUGGAUAUAUGAGGUAUAUUUGAAAGUUCAUAAACAUCAGAAAAUCAGUGAUAGUAUUCAUGAAAGUAAAUUGUUUUCUCCAAAGAACACCCGGAUCGAAAUAUAAAUAAACAUUAUGAACUUUUCAUUAAGUCGAUUACAUCCUUACGUUAAGUAGAUUGAGCGCAAGGUUUAUUUCAACCGACCUUUGACUUAUUUUAGAAAAUUAUUUAUUUUCUUGAGGACUAUGACUGGAUGUCUGAUUACCUUUCUGUUAUACCCUCUCUAUAUAAUAUUUCGAUUACAAAAUUAUUCAUAUCUUUUAAAUACAAAUUUAUUUUUAUACCAAACUACAUUGAUACAAUAAAAUCAAUUUAAAUUAAAAUAUAUUUUUAUAAAAUAACUUAUAUUUUUGGUACCAUACAUUGACACCACUAUUAGGAAUCUUUAUGACAUAUAUAAUAUGUAUAUACUUAUGAGUAAUAUAUUUGCGAAUAUAUAAUACUCCUUGGCUUUUUUCAACAUUAACAUUUCAUGUAGACAAAAUACUGCGUAGGGCGUCAGUAAAUUCCGUCCACAUUUUCGAAUGUGUUUACUUCUACAGUAUGUACAGUGUCAGGUAACAAUGUUUUCACACUGUUCACUAACGAACGUGUAUGCUCGCGCAUGCCGUUCUAAAUUCGACUCGGUGCAAAUUCCAGUCGGUGAAAAUUCGAUGAUGUUCAUCAUGGAUUAUAAUGUACAUUGACUGAAUUCUUAGAUAAUAAUAUAACAAAACUAAACGAUACCUUUAUGAAAUUAGUUUCGUAAGUUAUCUCAGAUUCGACGAAAAGACUACAAAACAUGUUUAGAGUUAAAUUUUUAUGAACAUAUCUGUUUCGUAUACAAAGGUGGUCCUACCAGAAUAAGGAGACAAUACUCAGCGUCGAUCGCGCAGCGUGCCUUGGCGCAGUGGUGCGGUAUGAUUAAUAUAGGGUGGCCAUUAGACAGUAGGUUUCGCGUCAGUUACGAAUUCCAAAUAUCAUAAAAUGCUUCCAUCAGUACAGUUGGGUCAAUUCCAAAAGUGACGACAAACCUAAUGUCUAAUUGACGCUUAAAACAAGCCACUGAUUUAUCAGUCGGUAACUGCAACACGCACCGCGCCACACCAACUGCGCAAAUACUUACGAGAACUGCGAAUGUGAGACUGAGGCAGAACGCAUUCACUGAGGAUGAGAUACCACUAAAGAAUCUUCCUUGCUUGUAUCGUGCUAAUAAACUUACUGUGUAACUGGCUUGUUGGCUGAAUAAAGAUCAAUAUCGAAUUCAUCCAAAUAUGUCUUUACACGUUCGUUUAGCGUUUAUAAAUAAGGGAGGUUAGUGAGUGAGGUGGCAACAUGGACAAGAGAUGCUGUGAUAAAAAUAUAUCCAGCUUAUUGAAGAUAUGGAUAAGUAAUGAUUGCGUUUUUGAUAUUACACUGCAACAUUUGUAAUAUCAGUAAAUAAUAACGCACAUCAUUACGAAUACAAGGCAGUCUUGAUGACCCUAAUGACAUGAAAAAUGUGAUAGAAACAAAAGGAAGUCAUAUGCGGGAAAACGAGUGGAGGCGAGCUGCAAUAUUAUUUUUAAGUAUUAUUAUUAUAUGAAAAUUGUAAAUACUAAUUAUAUUGUUGCGUGAAUAUAUUCUAUAGUAAUGUAUUCAAAAAUUAAAAGCAAUCUUCGGAUGUGUACAUAAAUAUUAUUAAUAUUGUUACUUAAAUAAUGUGAUCGUUUCAAAUCGAACAUUUUUGUACGGUGACAUAGUAACGUGUUUUAAUUAAGUACUGUACUUGCAAUAAGAUCCGUGAGUUACUUUCAUGGCGCGGUAUUUAUGAUUCACUAGUUACCAAGGUUCGUUGCUUAUGUAAUGAAUUAUACAAUUACUUAAGUACCCAACGGGUAAAAAAUUUAAAACUUAUAAAUCUACAGGUAAGUAGGUACCUGAGGUAAUUUAUCAAAUAAGUUUAACUUGUGCCAAUUGUGGAACAACCGAACAACCAAAACAGUACCAUAGUAAUAUAAUCCUCAAGAUAUUACACUGUUAUUGAGAUUUACAACGGCAUUUACACUAGACAAUGUGUAUUUAUGCUUACUCGUUUACUUGGUGCUGAAAUAUAAUAUGAACGCACAUUGUAAUGCCUGUGCACCAGUGUAGAGUACGCGCGGUUUAUUAUUCACCGAUAUUAUCCUCAUAAAUUCUUGUUAAACUAUCAAAAAUAUGUUAUCUAUUUCAAGCAUUAUACACUCUUAUAAUAUAUGAAAUUAACAUGAACAAAUCCAUAAGAACUAACAACGGUUCUAGAAUAGUGUGGAAAUUUCUCUAAUUAAUUACAAAAUAAACUAUAUAUGUAUAAUAAUAAAUUUGAAAUGAAAUGCCACCUGGAUUUACUAUGUUUCAAAAUAAUUUGCAUAACAAACAUAUACGUACCUAUUGGUUAGACUUAUCUGAACGUAGAUCUCACUCGUUUCGAAAUGUGUACUAGAUCUGAUUAAUCCGCGUUAUUUUGAAAUUACAACACUUAUUUUAAAUUAUAAAAAUUUCUUGCCAAACAUUUAGUAAAUUCAUUACAGGGUGAGGUGUAUAUUUUCACCAAUGAUUUUAUUGGCAUUGGCGACAGAACGUGCUGACACAAUUUAAUAUUUACGUAACGUACCUGCGAUUAUUACCAAAUAUACAUUUUCAUUGCAAUAAUGGUUGUGAUACACAUCAUGGCGUUUACAUUUAAUCGAAACAAUAUAUUUUUGUUCAAAGCAACGAAACAUCGCGCUCCCUAAACCAAAUGAUCACCUUAGAUAUAGGCAUAAAACAACUCAGCUAGCGUUUCGACAACUGCCAUAGGUACUAUAAGGAUCUAGGUGUAACUGCGGCUUAAGUUAUAAUAAUUAAUAAACUAGUUUUAAGUUUAUUUUAAGUUGAAGUCAUAAUAAUAGUAUUUAAAAAUUAGGUACAUUACAAUAAACUUGUAUUAACGUCUGCAGUGCAAUACAACGUCACUGCCUUUUCUGAUAAAGAAUUACUUAUAUGAAAAACUAUUUUUGAGAGUGGAAUUAACAAACCGUUUAUUUUUCACAUUUUCAAUACUAGUGAAACGUUAAAAAAAAAUAUUUUCAGAAAUCUCUAUGAUUUUAAUAUAUUUUUAAAUUAGGUAGGUACUCUAUAAUUUACCGUUGCAUGAGAACACUCCAUAAUUUCUGUCAUAGGAAUUAAUGAUUUAUACCAAAUACGGUAAUACUCACUAAAAAAAUAACAUUGAUUUUUAUACUCGUUUCUAAGUACCUACUAUAUUAUUGAUAACAAUGUGCCGAAUUCAUCAUGACGUUCUUACAACAAAUAGUUCAUUUCAGUUACAUAUCGUCGUAGACAUCAGCUAAAUAGAAAAUGUAAGCUACUGCGUCGCAAAGUAGCAUGCUAGUUUCAUAAAUACCGAUCUCAAUUUAUAUUCGAAGCUAUUAGAUUUUUCUAUACAUAUUAUUAUUGCAUAGACGGUUUCUUAUUUUAUGUAAUUUAUAUUAGGACAUAGUUGAAUUUUUAUUAUUUUAAUAUAAAGACAUUUUAUUUUUAAUAAGCCAUUUGUAAAUAUUGUUUACGUAUUAAUUCAUUUAGCCAAAAUUUUGCUCAAUUUUGUAUGCACUCAACACCAAAGUCAUAAUAAUAUAUUUAACAAAAUUUAAAAACAUAUCAGUACAAACGAGCAUAAUUCUGACAACACACUACACUAACUUUAAAUAUAUUUUAGCCUACGAUUGAAAAUUAAUAUCACAAAGUUAUUAUAUCAUUUUUUUCCUUUCUAACAUUUCAAAUCAUUACGAAAUCGGCAUUCGUCUCCGUAAAAUAUCUUCUCCAUAAUCGUGCACAUGAUGCGAAAAAAAAUGGAGCCUGAGGAGCUGGGACGAUCUGAUAUUGGGCGCUAGUCGAGCUCUAAGUCUUAUUUCAUAAUAUGAUUUGUUUCAAUUAUCGCUGCUGGUAUACGGUUUGAUCCAUUAUUACGUUAAUAAAUAGAAAGUAUUUUAUUUUAAGAUCACAUCUCGUAAUUUAUUAUUUAGUAAAAUACAGUCGAUUGCAGCCCUCUCGUAUACCAUUUGCCAGAUACAUACAAAUGCCGAAAGAGUCUAUAAUGAUAAGAUAAAGGCAAACAAUACAUUAUUAAUUUGACGUUUGGUAUACCCGAAAUUGUGCUCGACUGUAUAUCGUAAUUAAUGUAGGCAAUUUAAAGGCACGAAAGCCUCGUUUUGUACUUAGAAUAAAUAAUGUAAUACAAUAUUAUGUUUCCCUCCCAUAUUUUUAAACAUCACUUUGAAUUAUAUCUUAAAAUAAGUAAGUACCUACCGACCGACUCGCUAGUUUGGCACCAUUUCAAUUGUCCAAUUUAUCUAUCUCUAAAUGAUAGAUAUAUCAAAUUGACAAAAUCUAAAACUGUUUGCUAACUACGAGUAAAUUUGUCAAAAGACUAGAGAGAAAUAAGUGUUAUUAUUUGUACCAUCUUAUAUCUCUGAGUUGUUGUGUAUGUAUGUAAAUUGUGCCUAUUUCGCUUCAUAAUUACUAUCUGUAUAAACAACCAUAAUGUAAAUAUGUAAAUUCACAUUCAAUUAUUAAGGUCUUUUCAAAGCUAGACAUAUGUACCGCCUGUAUCACUUUAUAUACAUGUAGCUAUGUGUAACUUUACAACUACAGUAUAUGAAGAACACAAUUUAUUGAACAACAAAGUUUAUACCACGUUGUAAGUUGUGUAGCAUACCUAUUUCAUUAAUAUACCUAUAUAAAAAUAAAUCUACCUAUCUUGUUAUAAAUUUGUGGACGUAGAGUCCCCCAAAUCUCCUUCAAUAUUAUACGUUAAAAAUAAUUUCAAAGUUAUGGUUAGUAGUUACAUAUAAACUAGCGUGUAUUUUCUCUAUAUUUAUAUAUUAUAUAGAUUUAUAACAUAAUUUCGCUAUACAUAUUUCUCAGGAAAUGUAAAAAUAUUCUUAUUUAAAAGUUUAGUUCUAAUUUGUUCCGUUUAUGUAUUGGUUAUUAUUAAUUUAAUAUUAUUAAUACCUAUGUAUUAUUAUGUAGUUAAAGACUAGAAUUUCUGAAAUAUAGGUACCGUUAACUUAUGUGGGCAAUCAUGAUUUAUGAAAAUAUGUCUCCUGCUUAUAAAUAAUAAGUAGAUCUCUCAUUCACACAUGGCCGUGAAGCACAUUAAGUUGAAAUUUUGAAGAUGACAUUUGUAUUAAUAUUUAGAUUAUACCUACCCAAUAAUUUGAAAUUAAAUUUUUUGGGUAAUUGUUGUAAUUUAUAAUUAGGUACUUCAUUUAUUUUUAAUACUUUCAAAAUUGUGUACAUAAAUGGAAUAAACAAUGUGCUCACUCCGGAAUGUGCAGUGUGGAUUAAAAGGACCUUAAGGUUAAGUUUGUGUUUUGUUCAUGUUAUAUAUGUAAAUUAAAGAUUUUUUUUAUAGGGUGUAUCUGAUAUAAAAAUCUAUAUUUCAACGAUAGUAUUUACGGUGUAGAACAACUUUCUUCAAAGUAGAAUGUAACUUCAAAAAUUCAUCUGUCAUAUGAACAGACCACGUCAUAUUGAAAAGUUUAACAUUAUUUGAAUACUUCGAUGUAACCUCUUAUAAAAUUAUGUUUUUUAGUUUAUAUAAAUACUACCGUUGGAUUUCGGAUCAUUGUAUACUUUUUGUUGUACCCUAUAUAAUUACAUACAUAUACGGCAUUUUCACCACCAACAGUAGCCUUAAGAGAUGGUCAUUUAUAUCACAAGUAUGUACGUACUCGUAUCUUAUAUUAUGUGUUAUUCUAUGAAAUUGAAGUUAUAACUUUUCAAAUAUAAUUUGAAUAAAACGUGUCAUAAGCGUAUUCUAUACCCCAAGCGCGUUGAUGCGUUGUUAAUAGUUACCAGUAGUUAUAAGCUUGCUACCUCUGGCAACAUGAAUCAAAGGAUGUUGUUGGAGAUGUAUUGACUCUAUGUUUGGACAAUUCCUUAUUUAGUUGUCAAUAUCACAGCAGUUUUCACCAAAACUGUCAGCUCACGUGUACAAUUUUCUUAAAUAAGCCCAAGGCUCCCCCUUUUCAUGAUUAAAUAUACUUAAUGCCGAAUUAAAAAGUAUAAUUUAUAUUAAAAAUGAUAUAUAGUGGAAACUAGCUGGCAGUUAUUCUACUGUGAUAUUAAUAAUUCUAUUUAUUAUCUUUCAUAUACUUAUUAUUAUUUAUAAAAUUAAUGUUGAAUGUGCGCGUGUUAUAUUUUAAUGAUAUCGUGUUAGAUUAGGAAAUGUUAUUUUAUAUUGUACCUAAUGUGUAGGUCCAGAAUGUGUUCCAAAUUAUUGAUUUUAUGAAGAUAGAUAUUACAAUUAUUAUAUUAUCUAUUAAAAUUAAAAUGAAAUGUUUAUGUUGAUGUGUUGAAAUUGUAAACGUUUGAGAAAUGUAAUAAUAACAGUUAUUACAAUUCAACGAAGCAGAUAAAAAAUAUUAUCAUCACAAAAUGAAGCAGCCUUAUAGCGUAAUCGAAAUCUGAGCUCUCUAUAAUAUUCUACGAUAAAUAAUACAUUAUUAUAUGUAAUGCAUUUCAUAGCGAACGAAAUUUGACUGUGAAACCUAAAGUACCUUUUCAGUAAAAAACUAAAUGUUAUAUACCGUAUGAAAUCUUUAUGAGAAAAUGUUAUUAUUUGACUAUGUACUACUUCGAGUAGUGCUACUCUUUGCCUGAUAUAUUAUACCUCAAUAAGUUUAGUAUGGAUUUUGUGUGUCUUAAAAAAUAUAUUUCGAUUUAUUAGAAUCACAGUAGCAUUAUUUUUCCAUUCCUUCUCAUAAAUCUAAUGUUGAUAAAUGUUGAUCCUGCAAGAAAUAUAAGUUAUAUGAAAAAAAAAACAACUAUCUAAGUAAUAUCUACUUUAAAACUACCUACAAAUUUCAACAGGCAAUUUUGCAUAAUAUUAUAAAUAGUACAAUAACCUGACAACUUUGUAAACAGGAAUGAGAAGUGUUAUAAUGGAACAACUCUAGACCUAAAAGUAAUUUAUUUCAGAUCGUGUUAUUAAUUGAUAUAUAUUUACAAAUAUAAACUUUAGAUUUUA